UCAGAGCCGCCUCCGAGGUUUCCCCUCAAACCGGCGGCUGCGACCAGCACAACAGGUUGAAUGUUGGUGUAUUGAUACAGCGUUAUGUGUGAAAGGGAAGGUGAGAGGUGUUUGGCUCCUAAUCCUCUUAACAGCAUUAUGCUGAGCCUCGUUCAAGCCCUGACAUGCGGUGCGCCCUUGUAGCUCCCCAAAAGCCGGAGUCAGCAUCUCUGCGUCCGUUACGCACAGCUGGAGGGACGGUCCGCAGCGGCGAGGGGUCGAGCAGCCGGCGGUACAGUCCUUCCACAGGUUGAAGCUGCCGGCUGUAAAAGAUGAAACACACUGUGUGUACGUGUGUGUGUCUCUUCCCUGUCAGCGGCGUCUUCUCGCCACGCAUCGGUGCUGGAACUACCAAGGAAUCGCAAUGCAUCUGACAUAACUUCUGGUUGUUGUUUUUUCUUUGGGAGUCGAGACCACGAGGGCAAUGAACGUGCACUCGCCUCCGAGGAAGAGACUCAGGCACAGCCGCGUCCUCUUCUUGAUCUCAGGUGUGCUGCUGUGUUUCAUCUACACGCUGACUCUGAAGGCCAGGCUGUCACAGCCGCGAGCCUCCGCCCAGACGGAUGACGCUCUCCGAGCAGAGGCGGGUGGCGAUGAUGUUGUGGAGGUCAACAUUCGGGAGGUGAUGGCGUCCAAUGAGACGGAGGAAGAGGUCGUCUCACCUGAGAGCACCACACCUCCUCCGGUGAUAAUCGUCAACAGGACAGAUAUCGAACAGUGUAUCUAUGUAGAUCCUAAACCUCCCAAACCUCCUCCAACUCCAUCUCCACCACCGACACCACCGCCGACCACCACACCUACCCCUCGUCCCCCACACCAGCCCCCUCGCAGGAAGGGUGACUAUCCAGAGGACCUCUUCUCAGUGGAGCAGCGACAGCAGGGUUGGGUGGUCCUCCACGUCAUAGGCAUGAUCUACAUGUUUGUGGCCCUUGCCAUCGUCUGCGAUGAGUUCUUCGUUCCUGGGCUGGAGGUCAUCACCAACAAGCUGCAGAUCUCUGACGACGUGGCCGGGGCCACCUUCAUGGCGGCCGGAGGCUCUGCCCCCGAGCUCUUCACCUCCCUGAUCGGCGUCUUCAUCUCCCACAGCAACGUGGGCAUCGGCACCAUCGUGGGCUCGGCCGUCUUCAACAUCCUGUUCGUGAUCGGCAUGUGCGCCAUCUUCUCCCGCGAGAUGCUGCACCUGACCUGGUGGCCGCUCUUCAGGGAUGUGAGCUUCUACAUCCUGGACCUCAUGAUGCUCAUCGUCUUCUUCCUGGACAACACGAUCCUGUGGUGGGAGAGCAUGCUGCUGGUGCUGGGCUACAUCAGCUACGUGAGCUUCAUGAAGUUCAACAGUCAGAUCGAGCAGGCGGUCAAGAGCCAGCUCAACAAGCACAUGAGUAUCGUCAAGGUGUGGACCGCAGAGGAGCCGGAGAAGGAGAGUGAAGCUCCAGCAGCUCCUCCACCUCCUCCUGCCGCUGCUCCUCCUGCACCAAAAGCUGAAGAUAAAUCCAAACAAGAACCUGCACCUCCGAGCAGCCCUCAGUGCAACAAACCGCCAUCGGAUUCACAAGAGGACCGGACGAGACUCCGGGUGCGUCCCGUCCUGCAGCGGGGCGGCAGCUCGGCCUCCCUCCACAACACCUCGCUGAGGAGCACCAUCUUCCAGCUGAUGAUCCACACGCUGGACCCUCUGGGAGAAGAGGCGACACUUAGAGGGGCCGUUAAAACCCCCCGUCUGAGGAAAGCCAGACGAGAGACAUCCUUUAAUGGCGAUGUCAGAGGGGAGGGGUCAGUACAGAGGAAAGCAAAGAACAAAAUAAAGCCUCUGAACGUCCCGGUGUCGGGCAAAUUACAGAGCAAGUCUCGUCACCGGCGCUCUGAAGAUGGCGAUCUGACGCCAAACACUGAGCAGGCCGGUGCUUCUGCCGCUCCCGGUGCACCAGGGGGCGCUGAAGCCGAGCCGUCCACCUCACAGCCUCCAAAGACGGAAGAGACGAGCGAGAAGGCGGCCGAACAGCCAGACGAGUCGAAGGCGGCAGCGGGGGGAUCAGAGGGCGCAGAGGGCGGCGCCAAGGAUGAGAACGGUGAUGAGGGGAGUAGCGACUCCGGUGAGGGUGAAGAUGAUGAUGAUGACGACGACGAUGAUGAUGACGACGACGACGACGACGGCGAUGACAAUGACGAAAACAAGGAGGAAGAGGAAAAGGGGGAAGAAGAAGAAGAGGAGGAGAAUGAGCCGCUGUCUUUAGGGUGGCCUGAAACCAGACGCAAGCAGGCCACAUAUCUGUUGCUGCUGCCCAUCGUGUUCCCGCUGUGGCUUACGCUGCCUGACGUCCGCAACCUGGCUUCCAGGAAGUAUUUUGUCAUGACGUUUAUCGGCUCCAUCCUGUGGAUCGGAGUCUUCUCCUACCUGAUGGUGUGGUGGGCUCAUCAGGUGGGUGAGACUGUGGGCAUCUCAGAGGAAAUCAUGGGCCUGACCAUCCUGGCUGCCGGAACGUCCAUCCCUGACCUGAUCACCAGUGUGAUUGUGGCCCGGAAAGGUCUGGGGGACAUGGCCGUGUCCAGCUCAGUAGGCAGUAACAUCUUCGACAUCACCAUCGGUCUCCCGGUCCCGUGGCUCAUUUACACUCUGUUACACAAUGGCGAGCCGGUAGCCGUCAGCUCCAACGGCCUGUUCUGCGCCAUCGUGCUGCUCUUCCUCAUGCUGCUCUUCGUUAUCAUCUCCAUUGCCGCCUGUCGCUGGAAGAUGAGCCGAAUGUUGGGCCUCACCAUGUUCGCACUGUACUUUGUGUUCCUCGUCCUCAGCGUCAUGCUGGAGGAUCGCAUCCUCACCUGUCCUGUUUCCAUCUGAGCUGUACGGGCCCGAGGCAGAGAGCAAACACCACUGCUGCACAUACUGUACGUAGGAUAUGUUAGUAGAGGAACCAAGCCUGAUGUCAAAAGGCUGACCUGACGCACAGUAGAAACAGGAUAGAAACACCAAACUAAACUAGCAGUGAUGUUAAAGGAAAAAUCCACCCUCAAGAGUCUGAACAUUUUCCAGCAGCUACUUUGUGAAAACUGUCCGGUAACUGAAUUUAAUCUGUGUCCAAAAUCACUCCACAUUUACUACAUAGUGCACUGUACUUACCUUCCACCAUUUUGUAUGUUUCAAUUGCAGUGUUGGGCAGUAAGGAAUAACUAGUAAUAAUAUUACUUUCACCAGUAACUAGUAGUAGCGUUAUGAAUUAGUAAUACAUUUUAGUAAGAAUAUUAGUCACCCCCCCAAAAAAAAGUUAGUUACAACCACUGAACAUCCAUACAGCAUGAUGUUCAUAUAGUAAAUUAUGGUCUAAUUUAGAGUAAAAUAGACAAUAAAGCAGGGUAUGCUUUAGCCGGGGCUACAUUAUUUAUUUUAUAAUUUCAAAUUAUGCAUAAGUGAUUGGACACUUUAAAUGAGGUGGGUGCCGUCACAGGGGUCUGUUUUCAGUAACCAGGCUUCAUUCAGCCCACCUCAGCUCCACCCUCUGCUUAUUUGCAAAUUUUUUAAAUUUAACGGAAGCCGGCAGUCAGGGCUGCCAAGAUGGCGACGACCAGAGCCAACAAAGAGCUUCACAACAACUGACGUCACAGAGACUACAUUGUUAAUGAUAAUGUGACCUGUGACCUGUGACUGCUUAGUUAUCUAUUAUCAAAAACAGUACAAACACUACAUCACCACCAGGUCUGCAACUUACUGUCUAAUUUCCUCAAUUAAUCGAUUAUUUGUUUGUCCAGAAAAUGUUGAUCACUGUCACCGAAUGUGACGUCUUCAAAUGUCUUAAUUUGUCUUUAACCAAAAGAUAUUCAGUUUGCUGUCAUAGAGGAAAAAAUAAACAAAAAAUAUUCACAUUUUAAUGCUGAAAUCAGAAUUUGGACAUUUUCUUUUUAUUAACUAAUUAUCAAAGUAGUUAGUGAUAUAUUUAAUAGUUAAACUAAUCAGAAUCUGGUUUAUUGCAAAGUAGGUUUACACAUACAAGGAAUUUGCCUUGGUAAGUUGGUGCACAACAGUUAAACAUAGAAACAUACAAAUAGAGACGAUAUAUAUACAAAUAGAAAAAGAGAGACAAUAUGUGCAAUAUGGCCGAAUGCUUAAAUAAAUGAGUGAAGAGCUGUACAGGAAUCUGCAAGUUAGCAGUGUGACGUAUGUUUGCAAUGUGCAAAGAUAGAUUAAUCAUUGAAUAGGCCAAUUGUUGCAGCUCUAAUCACCACUGACUGUUUUAGUUGAGCGUGUAAGUGUUUUGGGGUGGAGUUUUCCUUUUUAACACUGUGAGCGUAAUGCUUCUGAAACCUGAGGUGACUUUAAUAGGUAAAUUAUUAAAUACUUUAUGUCCAUUACAGCAGUGGAGGUUCAGAUUUCACUGUGCAGCAAAACCACUGGAUGCAACUUCAGUUUUAUAUGUUCACUAUUUUCUCAACUGUAUUCCUAAAACUCUGUUCUGUAUUCAACCAAACUAGUGUUUGUUAGAAUGUUCUUCUGGUUUUUUUUUUUUUUUUGUGAACAAAAUAUUUCAUUUUGUCAACAUAACUGUGGUGGAGAGAAACAGUGGUUGUUUGUGUGUCAGGUAAAUGUGUAUCAGACUGUGUUAUUAGCUGUGAGAAAAAAACCUGAGAGGUGUCCCGUUGUCAGAUGUUACCGUCUUGUUAAAUGCUCUUGUUGGAUUGAAGUGGAUGCAAACAUGUAUUAUUGAUAGGAAAACUAUCAAUAUUUCAAAUUAAAAUUCCAUGCUGCAAUAAAUUAUUUUUUUAACAGUGAA